UGCUUGUAUACAACCCUGAUUUCCAUUUUUUUCCCAACUCGUAAUGUAUUUAAUUCAAGUGAACGUAAUCAUGACGUGUCGUGUCAUUAAUCUCCUCGCCGCCUCUCCCAAAAUUAAAGGAGGAGGCUGCUUCAGAAGUGUAUCCCCCCUCAGCCGAGACACUAAAGAAUGGCAUAACAUCACACACGCUACUGAUGAUGGAUUCUCCUCCAGAGUGUGUGUUGUCGCUUUCUUGUGAGCACCCCCAGUCUUCUCCAACUCUGCCUUCUCUGGAUCACAGUCCCCAGGCCGCCUCUCCUCUACCUGACAGCCCCCUCGUCCUUCCAAUUCAAAGCCCCGAACCUUCUCCGCAGAGCCCUGACACGACGCCGUAUUUCCCACCUUCACCCUUCCCCAUCCGGCAGGACAAUGAUAGCAGACACUUAGAUGAUGGUGGAGAAAACGGCGAAGAAGUACUGGAGGGAAUCCCUCCAUCCCCAACCCCGGCAGUGGCUCUGUUCCCAGGUGGAGGGAGUCAAGAAACUGGAUGCAGUCCCCAUUUGGACUCCUCUCCACCAGACACACCAUCAGCCCCAGUUCUUGGAUAUGGUGCCCUUGAACUGGCCCUUUCUUCAGGGCAGAGUGAACACUGCAGCGAUGAGCUAGACCUUCAGCUCUUCCAGAAGGAUACCGUCGCCAGGGCCACACCUGGAGUGGGAGGAUCCUCAUCCGGGCCUGCGCUCAGAUUUCCCUGCCACGUGUGUGGGAAGAGGUUCAGAUUCCAAAGCAUUUUGUCUCUCCAUGCUCGAGCUCACAGUCUGGACCGAGAUCGCCGAGCUUCGGCCCUUUAUCAAACAGGACACGCUCCCUUAAAGCAGCACCUCAAAAUUCAGCAGAACCACCAAGACUUAAUCCCGAAUCACAUAAAUCACUCCAGCCAGCGUUUACUGCCAGGAACUCUUAUACACCACCUCACACAUGAAGAGAAAAUCAAUGGUGAGGUCAAAGGUCUGGAUGAUGACCUACAAGUGGAGCAGAACUCAAACUUUUCACCUGAUGAUGGCACACCCUUGACACCUCCACUAACAGAAGACCCCGUGUCUGUAACCUCCCUGUUCUCCUCUAACAUCGGGGAGGGUUCAUCUGUUUCCAUAACGCCUACAUUUCGCUGUCAUGCCUGCAAAGGAAAAUUCCGCACGGCUUCGGAGUUGGCACGUCAUGUUCGCAUUCUCCACAACCCGUACAAAUGCACCCUUUGUCCUUUCUCUGCCAGCCAAGAAGAGAGUCUGGCAUCCCACUUGCAGGAGUGCCAUCCUUCCCCUGAUGUACCUGCUCUGCUACCGGCCUUCAAUUCCAGGACCAUCAUUGAUACCCCCUUACCCACCCCAACCCACACUCCAGCUCCAAGUAACCCGCAGACAACACCUGCUGCAGCAGUCCCCGCACCUGCCGCCCUGCCAGCAUUUCGCUGUGAAACUUGUGGACAGAGAUUUACCCAGUCGUGGUUCCUGAAGGGACACAUGCGAAAGCACAAGGACUCCUUGGACCAUAAGUGCCAGGUAUGUGGCCGUGGCUUCAAGGAGCCUUGGUUCCUCAAGAACCACAUGAAAGUUCAUCUUAACAAGCUCGGCCUGAAGGCUGGAUUGGGAAGCACUGGGGUACUAGGUGGCGCUGAGCAACAGUCGAAAGGCUCUUUUAGUAAUCAGUCUCUAAACGCUCUCUACUCAAGCCUCCUUUUAGCUCAAAGAGGAGGUGGCGCCAGAGGUGACCAAGGACGAUCCAACAGAGAAACCGGAGCCAGGCUUGAGAUGGGCUUGAGCAAGUCGGCCAUCCUGGGGUAUCUGGGUUUGCCCAGUGAUGGAAGUGGGGCUAGUUGCAUGGAGAGACUUCAGGCUGUGGCUCAGGUUGCAGAGAUGGGAAAUGGUGGUGGUGUCGGUGGUGGCAGCUCAGGGGGAGGGGACCCUGGAAGAGGAGGGGGGACAAAGAGAACAGGUAGUACAGGUGAAACACUCGCAGGGGACCAGGCAACCUGGUGGCAGCUGGUGGCUCGCAGCCUGGCCGUUGCCCAGCAGCAGCAGCAGCACAGGCCCCAUCAGCGAAGCCAGCAUCAAGAACAGCACGGCCCUGGUCGAAGUUCGGUGAUAACAGAGGCCAACCAAGUUAGAGCCUACCUUGGAGGCUUAGAUACACGAGAGGAGACAGGAAGAACCGGAGGGCCGUGGGAAUGCCCAGACUGUGGAAAGCUGUUCCGCAGCCUGCAGCAGGUGGUGGUGCAUGCCCGUGUUCACGCUCAGAGGCCGCAGAAAGGAGGCAGCAGUGAAGAGGAGGGGAAUGGUAGUCAUAGAGGAUUGGGGAUGGGAAGAGGAGGCAGCGGCGAAGUGAGACCAGAAUCUCAGUUCCGCGGUGGUGGAUCUCAGCAAAUGGGAGAAGUGAGACAGGAAUCAACACUAAACAGUGGUGGACACCAACAAGCAGGAGCAGCUACAGGGUUUCACUCUGCCAUCUCCAACUUCAAGGGGGAAAAUGGCUUCACAGCAUGCUCCUCCAUCCCCUCAGGAGCCCUCACUCCCACCAGAGAGCGAGUACGUGGCAGGGGGAUAAAAGAUUGCCCCUACUGUGGCAAAGCCUUCCGCUCCUCACACCAUCUCAAAGUGCACCUGAGAGUUCACACAGGUGAAAGACCCUACAAAUGCCCCCACUGUGACUAUGCAGGCACGCAGUCCGGCUCUCUGAAGUACCACCUCCAGCGGCAUCACAGGGAGCAGCGCAACGCCCUGUCAGCUUCUUCCAAUUCCUCCUCCUCCGGCCUCACCGCCACUAUCAGCAGCAUGACGUCAGGGACCUCUGGAACGGGCAAGCAGCGUCGAUCUCAUCUCAACCACAGUCCCGUCAAGAGAGGCUCAACAAACACCUCGUCCUCAAGGCCCAGCCAGCAGUCCUGGCUCCUGGGGCUGCCGGACCAGCGGGAGCAUCGCAAGGCUCUCGCAGCACUACGGGACGUGGACUUGGAGACCCAGUACAGGUAUCUGUCUGGGGUAAUGGGGGCUCUUUACCAAGGUGGAAUGGAAGGAGGUUGGAUUCGAGAAUCUCCACCACCAAAGGCCCCUAAAGUGUCUCGGCGUAAGCCCCUUACCACGAGCCGAAUGGUCCAGCCACCAAGUGACAAGGAUGGACCUGCGCCAGCGACUCAAGAUGGCGGGUUUGAGCCCCUGGAUCUGUCCCGCCGCAUCUCCCCCGGCUUGGGAGAGAUGGAGGAGAAUGGAAACGCCAGCGCGGGAGACCUGGGAGGUUCCUGCGUUGGGGACAGUUCAUCAGGGGUGAAACUGAGCCAGUGCUUGUUCUGCCCUUUCCACACGUCAUCAGCAGAGCUGAUGGCCAUGCAUCUCCAGGUCAACCACACUACCAAGUCCAGGCGCAAGAGAAGCUAUUCCGCUCUCCUGAAUGAUGAUGGAGCCCAAAAGGGCGCCAAGCCGCGGGCGGAUCACGUCAACCACGAUCCCUUGACAAUAUGGAGGCACGUGGAUCAGGCCGAUCCCCACGCGCCCCUGGAGGACUGGCCGUCGACCCGGGCCCAGAUCCUCAACGGUCUCUCCGAGCACACGGCGGAACAUCUGGACAACAGUCCGGAGCAUUUAGACGCCGUGGCAACGGUGUCAAAGAAUGUAAGAGAGGCCCCGGCGCUCGCCGAGAAACUGGAGGAAGAGAGAGAUGAACAAGAGGAGGAGUAUGAAGAGAAUGUGGAGGACAGCAGCGUGGAGGAUCUGCAAGAUCACGAUCUGAGAAUGUCCCUGGACCUGUCACCAGCUCUGAGCUCCAACCACGCAGCGGGAGACGAGGACGAGUCCUAACAGAUUAAAAUGCUAUUUAAUAGAAUUUAAACAUAGAGUUAUGUUCAAUAUUUUCAACGACUCAGAACUACAGGAAGGAACCGUCUCAGAGGGGAAAGAGGGGGGGGGUGGGGCUGAUAUGUAAAUGAAGCUCUGCCCCUGGUUACCUUUGUUUUUUCGGGGGGAAAAUACGAGAAGACUUUUAAAAACGACAUGUGGGAAAACAGAGCAGUCGCCUUCCCUCUGGAUCUUCUGAGUUGUGAAUGUGUAAUCGACCACGAAAUAUAGAUACAAUCCUGCAAAAAAAAACAAGACAACAAAAAAAGGAGCAUGGAUGCUUCUUUUUAACGACGGCCACUUUUUGUAUUUUUCUUUUCUUUUCCUCAAGCUACACUCCCAAGUCGGAUGCUUUUUAAGAGGGUCUCCAAUUGGAUAAAGGAGAGAAACAUCAGGUUUGCAAAUCUCGAGCAGAUCGUGCAGAACGCUAAUUAUGCCUGACUACUGUACUGACCAAUGGCGAAGCAGCUGUUAAGUGACGCCCCCUCCUGGCUGACGGGGGAACUGCAGGAACUAACCACUACGAGCAUGCAGGAGGAAGUGUUCGCGCUGACUGGUGUGGACGAGGCGUGUGGGGGGGGGCGGUUCCCUCAUCCAUGUAUCACUGCCUUGUUCGUCAGCAGAGCGAAUUCAAUGACUGUCCACAAAAAAAAGAAACAUUUGUAAUCAUUUUUUCUGUUGUUUUCAGUUAGUGCCUGUUCAUGUACGUUGUGGAGAGUCUCCGGUAUUCACGAGGCUCGUCGAUUUUAUCUGAAUAUACAAUUUAAAACAAUUUAAGUACAAUAUAUUUGUUUAAAAGUGGUUUUAGGGUGUUGUGAAUAGUUAAGUUGUAAAAGAAAUGCUACAUGGUAGUGCAACGUCCUCGACACCGACUGUAGCUGUUUGUCGCUCCGCUUGAAAAGGACAAAAACGAAGAAAAAAAAAAAGACAAAAAAAGUAGGUGAUUUAUUGUGAUGAAUGGUUUAAAGACCGUGUGAUCUUAAAGAGGAGUCGCAGUUCAGAAGUCAGUGUUUACAGUCGUAGUGGGUCGUGGUUCGUGAACAAACCCUUCAGUGAAAGUGUGCUUGAGGGCUGACGGAGGCCGCGCUCGUGGCCCCCCCGAACACAAUCAGCUGACGCGUUGUCUAAAAAAAGACUUUAGCAACCGUGUCACAAAAAAAGGAGAUUUUUUUUUUCUUUUUUUCAUUUAAAAUAGAAGGUAGAGACUUAAAAAAAAGAAAGAAAGCAGUGUCGCUGCCAGGCAAGACUAAACCUGAGAAGUAAGCUGUACUCUUGGGCUUUGGUAUCUUUUAGAUGAGUAGAUUUCCUCUUUUCUUCUUUUUUUUUAUAAGAAAAGAAAAGACAACGGUAGGAGUAAUUAUUAAAACACUAACACAUGCAUAGAUAUCCCAGUAGAAUAUGUGUAGCUUUUGUAAAGACAAAGAAAAAAAAAGCAGACCUUUUUUUGGUUUAUUUUCAUUUUAAGAUGCUUACAGAAAAAGGUUAUCAAUAUAGUUCAAAUGGACUCUAAUGUUUGUGAGCUAAGACUAGUUGGAAUGUCUAUUCAGAGCACUGUGCAAGGUUUGAGUUCCCAAAGUAGUUCUUUUUCGCUGUUUUUCUUUCCUUUCGCUAGACCAAACGCUUUUUUUUUUUCCAAUGGCAGUUGUCACUUUCCGUUGACAUUUUAAGUGUGUAGCUGCGUGACCCGCUCGUUCGACCCCCAUGGAUUAGCAAAUCACCAUCGUGUCGACUAUUGAACCACUGAACUAGUUUGAAAGGAUUUUUUUUUUUUUUUUUGUGAAAACAAACUACUGCUAUAAACUAAAAGAUUUUUUUUAGCAUGAGAUCUUGUGGUUUGAAGGUAUAUUUAUGAGAAACAAGUGAAUGUGAGACGUUAAAUAUGCCCUCACACCGGCUAACGGCCGCUGUUCAUCCGACUAGACGGAACUUGAUGAGGUUUUGUUUUUCUGUAACCACACUUUAAUGUGCAUUAUUGUCUUGAAGUCUUAUUUUUUGUUUGUUUUAGAGCACCUUAUUUGUUUUUGUAGUUGAAGUCCCUUAGUGGUGUCUCCUUUACAGCUACUAUCAAUGCCACCGUGCCUUCUGUUUCAAGCACUUCCUGGUGUAUUUUGUAAAACUCACCAAAAGCACUUAGCCGACAUCUACAGUCUCUCUCUUCUCUCCUGCCACUUCCCGCGUUUGUUUCUUCCUUCCCUCCUUCAUCACAUCAGGGGCCUGUACUACGAAGCGGGAUUUGGGGUUAGCGAGGUAACUUCAGGUUUAACCCUGGGUUUUCAGGACUACGACGGUGGUUCACUUCUUAGCGGCGUACAUCGCCAUGGUAACUUAUGCUGAACAGCUAACCUGCUCCGGAGCAGGUUAUGUUCGAGAUACAGAUCGCCGGGUAUAAAAGCACCGCCCGCUGACCAAUCAGCUCUCUUGGAAAAUGGCAUGCCCUUUCGAAGAGAAUCCAGUGGAGCUCGGUGCGCGGAUCGUGAGAGGAUCCCUCCGAUCUUCUUCUUGUCAUUUUCUUUUCUGUUUGCUGCAAGUAAUGUCAAUGCUAUUUCAUUGUGCUUUUGUAUACUGAUAUCAUCCUAAAACAGAGAGUGAUAGAAACACUAAAGCCUUGUACUUGUUGUACUUCUAAGAUAUGAAAGUGAGCCUACUUACCGCUUUGAAUUAUGUUUUUAUAUUUAUUUUUUAUUUGCUCCCAUGUGCGCCAUACGAAUACAUCUAAGCAACACAUGCAUUUAACAGAAUAGACAACUGUAAUUAUAGUCAGAUCUACUUAUGCCCUAAUGAUGGGGCAGUGAUGUUUAUAUCCCUAUGAACUUACGCAUUUAUACAGUCAGCGAUCUUUUGCCAGCUGUCUUUCCUGCAUUUUGCAGCUGCAACUGUGUUGCUUUUUGCCUGUAUUCUAUGCCUAUACUCAUCAUAUUUCCGUAAAAUUAUUGUUUGCUCUUCGCUACUGAAAUAAGCGGCUCUGACAGCGGACUUCUCCAUGCUUGCGAUUGGUCAUGCGCUGAAAACACCGCCCCUUUUAUGUGCACGCGCUCAUAUCCAGAUUGGAGAAACCUGGGUUGAUAUACCGAGUUGAUAACCACCGUCGUGUGACCGCUUAGCGUGAUUGCAAUUGUCCGGGUUAGUGAAUCUGGAUAAGGAAACGAUAUCCUGGGUAUGUUGAACUUGCUUCGUAGUACAGGCCCCAGCUCAUUUUCGGAGUGUUUUCCUUGUUUACCUGCUGGCCGACCCUCGUCCUCCAGCGGGAAGCUGUUUCCGUGCCAGCUUUCCUCCAGCUCUCCGGGCCCGCCGGGCCUUAAACCGGGCCACUAGGCCUCAUUGUUGCGCUCUAGCCAGGCUAGACUCUCAAAAACGAUCAACUACCUAACCCUGAACGAAAAUGAAGCCUGUACAGGCGGAGGGUUAGGCUAUUUCUGGUCUUAAUUCUAACCCUCAGUAAACCAAAGCCCAACUCUAACACAUCUUCUGAGGUGCCAAAACAUGUCCAAUGUGACACUAAAGUGUGUGAAAGCUUGAGAAGAAAGAAUAAUUCACGGCUGUAUCUGUUACCUCUGAUCUUUUUUCUCUCUCCUUUCCCUGCUCUCUCUUCCUCCGUGUCCCUUUCUCGUCAGUAAACUGUCAAUCUCCAGCACCACUCGAAGGUGACGUGUACUUUCUGGUAUUGAGGCCUUUAUUAGAUUUUUUGAUUUCGGUUCCUGUGGUGUACGUCCAAUGCCGUUGAGAUGGAAAAAUGUUCUUAUAAUGAUAAGUAUUAUUGUUUUUUGGCAUUAAGGUUUAAAAAAAAAAAAAAAAAAAGAGAAACAUGUUGUUGAAUGUUGUACAGAUAGCGCUAGAAAUGUCUUUUUUUUUCUUUUUCUGUUUUUUGUUUGUAAAGAGAGCACAAACCUGAGCAGUGGUCCCUUCACCUCCAGUUUCCUCACGCGAGAUCUUUUCCAGAUUGAAGCGAAGCAUUACUUUAACCCUGGAUUUGUUUAAUCACACAAACACGGGGGGGGUUUUCGGAGUGAGUGACGCCUACUGACGUCAGUCGUGUAUUUGGAAUCAGUAGAAGCUCGUCUGACGGCCGGUGAGGUUCACCUGAACACGUCACGUCACUCUUUGUAAAGAGGCAAAUCUUCUCCAUGAUCCUCAUUGUUGUUCAGAAGUUUUUGCAUUUGUUUUCUAUUUAUUUACAUUUAUGAAAACAGCUUCUGAUCUGAGCUUUCUGCUGAUAGAAUAAGGUAAGAGUUUACUAUCUAACAAGCGUUUCCUUUACUUAGCGUGUUCAUGUGUUCACCUUAACUCCUGUGCGAGGUGGGGGGAGGCCAUGUCGGGUUUGGGCUCUCGUGUAGUUGACUGCCAUUGCAGUGAGGGAAAACUGACCUAACAUAGUAGUGACUCAUAUAACUUUGUGGACAAAUGGAAAAAAAAAUAAUAAUAAUAAAAAUGAAACACAUUAGAAAUAAAUG